UGCCUCCCUGGCUUAGUCAUGGCGAAGCUGGAGACACUGCCUGUGCGUGCUGACCCAGGGCGGGAUCCCCUCCUGGCCUUUGCCCCACGGCCCUCUGAGCUUGGACCCCCAGACCCACGCCUGGCCAUGGGCAGUGUGGGCAGUGGGGUGGCCCAUGCCCAAGAGUUUGCCAUGAAGAGCGUGGGCACCCGCACAGGGGGUGGGGGCAGCCAGGGCAGUUUCCCAGGCCCCCGCAGCAGUGGCAGUGGGGCCAGCAGGGAGAGGCCAGGCCGCUACCCCUCAGAGGACAAGGCUCUUGCCAACUCCCUCUACCUCAACGGCGAGCUGCGGGGCAGUGACCACACUGAUGUCUGCGGCAACGUGGUGGGCAGCAGCGGGGGCAGCAGCAGCAGCGCUGGCAGUGACAAGGCCCCGCCACAGUAUCGUGAGCCCAACCACCCACCCAAGCUCCUGGCCACCUCUGGCAAGCUAGACCAGUGUUCAGAGCCACUAGUUCGGCCAUCGGCCUUCAAGCCUGUUGUACCCAAGAACUUCCACUCCAUGCAGAACUUGUGCCCCCCGCAGACCAAUGGGACUCCUGAGGGACGACAGGGCCCUGGUGGCCUCAAGGGUGGACUGGACAAGUCUCGGACGAUGACCCCAGCGGGCGGGAGUGGGGGCGGCCUCUCAGACUCAGGCCGGAACUCACUCACAAGCCUGCCCACCUACAGCUCCAGCUAUAGCCAGCACCUGGCGCCCCUCAGUGCCUCCACCAGCCACAUCAACCGCAUCGGCACCGCCAGCUACGGUAGCGGCAGUGGUGGCAGCAGCGGUGGGGGAUCGGGCUACCAGGACCUGGGGGCCUCCGACAGUGGGCGGGCCUCCAGCAAGAGCGGGUCCUCGUCAUCCAUGGGGCGGCCAGGCCACCUGGGAUCUGGGGAGGGGGGAGGUGGGGGCCUGCCGUUCGCGGCCUGCUCCCCACCCUCGCCCAGUGCCCUGAUCCAGGAGCUGGAGGAGCGGCUGUGGGAGAAGGAGCAGGAGGUGGCCGCUCUGCGGCGCAGCCUGGAGCAGAGCGAGGCGGCGGUGGCCCAGGUCCUGGAGGAGCGGCAGAAGGCAUGGGAGCGCGAGCUGGCUGAGCUGCGGCAGGGCUGUCCCUGGGCCGUGCGAGAUGAACCACGUCUGUCCUGAGUCCAAGCAGGGAACCCCGAGCGUCACUGCUGCAGGGUCUGAUGGGGGAAGAAGCUUGGAGCCAGACUGGCGGCUGGGUUGGUGGGCAGAGCUCUGCCUUCACGUGCUUCUCUCGCCUGCCCCGUCCAGGUGUGCCAGAAGGCUGGCGAGAUCUCCCUCCUGAAGCAGCAGCUGAAGGACUCGCAGGCGGACGUGUCGCAGAAGCUGAGUGAGAUCGUGGGGCUGCGCUCGCAGCUGCGGGAGGGCCGGGCCUCGCUGCGGGAGAAGGAGGAGCAGCUGCUCAGCCUGAGGGACUCCUUCGGCAGCAAGCAGGCCAGCCUGGAGCUGGGCGAGGGCGAGCUGCCCGCUGCCUGCCUCAAGCCCGCGCUGACCCCGGUGGACCCGGAGUAUGAUUUCUCAGGUCUUCACAGCCCUAAGGAGGUACGGACAAGGAGUGUGCUAAUCAUGACACAGCUCUUCUGUCCAGGCUCAGGGAGCUUUGCCCCCCCCCCCAACCCAGCUCCAUCCAUUGGCCUCUUCGAGUGA